AUGGAAUCAAUGCGGCAGAAAAGAAUCAACGAAGAGAAGGCUUUUACAGCCACUACAUCCCCGAAUGGAGCUAAUGGAAAUGUGGGAGCAAGUAAUGGAGUUGUACUGCAGCAUCGACGCUCUUCACGGGUGUCUGAAAUUGCAAGCGCUCUAUCAUCACCUCGAAGGAAUCUUGGAUCAGUUCCUGAGUUGCAAGCAGAAGUUCGUGCAAAUUCGCCGCGACCUUCUUCAAGAAGGUGAGA